AUGGAUUCUGGGAUAUCAAGUUCUUUUUCUACGAUGUCAGUGGAAUCAAGCCCAAACCACCAAGGACCCUUCAUCAUCCAGUUCCAGAUUGGCCUUUUUAAAGAGGUCAAGCGGAUAGCUGGCACUCAGCUCAGCUUCCAGGGGGCCAAAAGGCUGGCAGCCGAAAUCAUCGAAAAGAAGGCUCCAGAGUACAGUGUUGUAGGUCUGGGUGAAAAGCUUCUGUUGUUUAGACAUGACCCCAGCUCAGAGAACAUUCUCCACAGACUGACCGACAGCGACACCCUGCAUGACGGGGACCUGGUGGAGAUCAUCCUCUCCGCUUCUGCGUGUGUGACGGAAAUAAAGUUCCGGCCCCAUUCCUUGGUCGUCCAAACAUAUCGCACCCCCACCUUCUGUAACCACUGUGGAGAAAUGCUGUGGGGUCUAGUGAGACAGGGCCUAAAAUGUGAAGGCUGUGGUUUAGACUUCCACAAACGCUGUGUGUUGCAGUUGCCCAACAACUGUUCUCGUGCGUCCAGACGCUGCGGUCCCAGCCUGUCCCUGUUUCCGCCGGGACGGCCCCGCACCCCCUCCCUGUCCAACCAGGCGGGAGGCAGUCUGGAGGAGAUCAGCAUCUCUAAGCGGAACUCCAGGUCCAGGCCUAACUCCUGGGUUGAACAGCCUGUGUGGUUGGGUGUGGGCUCAGGAAAGGGAGUCCAGUUGCGGAUACCCCACACCUUCCACAUCCACACUUACAAACGCCCCACCGCCUGCCAGCACUGCCACCGCCUGCUCAAAGGGCUGUUCCGCCAAGGCCUGCAGUGCUCCGACUGUAAGUAUAACUGCCACCGGCGUUGUGAAGUGUUCGUGCCCGCUGACUGCAGAGGAGAGAAGUGCACUAAUGGAGAAGAUUCGGAGAGUUUGACGAGUCAGGACGGAGACACCGAUGAUAAGGACACUGCAUUAGUCUCAGAGAAUGAUCUCUACGGAGUUUUCACACAGGACGCGUCUCUCCUGCCAGCAGAGACGACCCCACUGCCUCGGCUGCAGGUCAGCCCGUGUUUCAGCAGUAAUAUUCCUCUAAUGCGAGUUGUUCAGUCGGUUAGACACACCAAGCAGAGAGCAAGUGGAAUCCUAAAAAAAGGAUGGCUACUACACCACACCAACAGUGAUUUGAUGAGAAAACGUCACUACUGGGUCCUUGACAGCAAGAGUAUCACUCUAUACCAGAAUGAAAACACCAACAAAUACUACAGGGAACUCCCGUUGUCUGACGUGCUCCAGAUCCGGGGGCCCGAUCAGCUGACCGUGCCGUUGUCGCCUGGCAACAGCGCCCACUCGUUUGAGCUGGUGACUGGCACCCUCGUGUACUGCGUAGUGGCAGGAAAGGAGGGCCAGGCCUGGGAGGGGGCCUUUCGCCAGGCGCUCAUGCCAGUCCAGGGAAGCAGGGAGGCGCAGAGGAAAGAGGGCGGAGAUGCUGGAGAAGGAGACAAAGAAAGUGAGGAUAUUAGUGCUACGUAUCAGAUUUUCUCUGAUGAGGUGCUGGGAUCGGGACAGUUUGGAGUGGUGUAUGGAGGUAAACACAGGCAGACUGGGAGAACGGUGGCAGUUAAGGUCAUUGACAAAACUCGAUUCCCAAGCCAACAGGAGAGACAGAUGAGGAAUGAGGUGGCCAUUCUACAGAAUCUGUCACAUCAUGGAGUUGUGCUGCUGGAAGGAAUGUUUGAGACUACUGAGCAUAUCUUUGUCGUCAUGGAGAAGCUCCAUAGCGACAUGCUGGAGAUGAUUCUGUCCAAUGAGAAUGGCAGACUGCCUGAGCGCACCACCCGCUUCCUGGUCACACAGAUUCUGGAAGCGCUGCGUUACCUCCACUUCAAACACAUCGCUCACUGUGACCUGAAGCCCGAGAACGUGCUGCUGGCUUCACCUGAUCCCUUCCCUCAGGUGAAACUGUGUGACUUCGGUUUUGCGCGGAUCAUCGGCGAGAAGUCUUUUCGGCGCUCCGUGGUGGGAACGCCUGCUUACCUCGCUCCUGAGGUCAUCAACAGCAACGGUUAUAACCGCUCACUGGACAUGUGGGCGGUGGGCGUGAUCCUGUACGUCAGUUUGAGUGGCACCUUCCCCUUCAACGAGGACGAGGACAUCCAUCAACAGAUCACCAACGCGGCGUUCAUGUACCCUCGACACCCUUGGUCUCUCAUCUCACUGGAGGCUGUGAGCCUCAUCAAUAACCUGCUGCAGGUGGUAGUCAGGCGGAGGUUCAGUGUGGGGAAGGCCCUGGGACACCCUUGGUUACAGAACUUCCAGCUAUGGUGUGACCUGAGGGAGUUUGAGCAGCGCAUGGGCCGUCGAUACCUCACUCAUGAAGGGGAUGAUGAACGCUGGAGACGCCAUGCUCAAGAGAAAGGCCUAGAUUUCCCUGAACACCUAGCCACGCUGACUAGCGGAGAAGAUAGCACAAACUAA